AUGCAAGCCGCUGAGACUCUCAACAGCUGCUCCGGAGCCGGUGAGCACGGGCCAUCCGUCUGGGAUACAUCUAGUUUCGUAUUUAUCCGCACAAAUCAAGGCGGCCACCGGGCCCAAGCUCCAGCUUCCCUGCGGAUGACAUCAAGCCUCUCCACCCGCAUAUCCGCCACCAAGCGGCUCGACCACUUCCACAACCACGUGAAUAUCAAAACCAAACAAGGCAAGAUGGGCAAGAAGCCGGAUCCAAAACCCCCCAAACAACAGAAGAAGCCGAAGCCGAAGCCCCAAUCUUCCAAACCCAAACACCAACAGCCUUCUGCUUCCGAGGAACCAGCCCCGGCGUUGCCCCUCCCCCUCCAACAAUGUCUCCUUACGACGUUUAACACGGCCUUCUCCCCUGUCCUCAUCUCCGACUCCUUCCAGGCCCUCCUUCAAGAAGUGAAAGCAGCUCUCUACGCCCGCGAUUUUGAGGCCGCCUUCGCCCAAGCCCGGCCGGAGUCGCUGGACGCCUACGCCGCCCGUUGGAGCCCCACCCGUGCGUUGGGGUACGCCUCCAUCCUGCUCGACAUCGGCGAGCAUCUGGCGGAGGACGUUUGCCGGCCUGUCUCGGAUGCCGACGGAGCUAAUUCCGGUGGGGAUGCCGACAGCGAGGAUGCCGCUUCGGCCGGGGACGCGCAGAGGCAUAUCAAGAUGGUGUCGAUAGGGGGCGGCGCAGCCGAGAUUGUCGCCUUCGCAGCGUAUCUCUCCCCGAACCCCUCCGUAAAGGGGUCCAUCACUCUACUCGACUCAGCGCCCUGGUCUUCGGUCAUCACGAAGCUCCAUGAUGCCCUGACGACGCCUCCUCCCCUCUCAAAAUAUGCCAGCGCAGCUGCCAAGGCCUCUAACACGGCCCUCAUACCGCAAUCCCACCUGUCUUCGGCAUUCGCACAGCAAGACGUUCUCAACAUGUCACGGGAACAGCUCUCUGAAACGCUGGGGAAAGACGCAUUACUGGUUACAUUACUAUUCACACUCAAUGAGCUCUACACCUUGGCCGGUAUCGGCAAGACCACCACCUUCCUGUUAAACCUAACCGCCACCAUUCCCUCAGGAUCUCUAUUAUUAGUUGUUGAUAGCCCAGGAAGCUACUCUGAAACUGCCGUGGGUAAGGAGUCGAAGAAGUACCCCAUGCAGUGGCUACUGGACCAUACUCUUAUCAAAGACGAACCUGUAGAGGGUUGCCAAUGGGAGAAGCUCGAGUCGCACGACUCCAUCUGGUUCCGUCUCGACGACUCCCUUACCUACCCCAUUCCUUUGGAAAACAUGCGCUACCAAAUGCAUUUGUAUCGCGCCACGAGGCCCUGA